AGUCCUUGGAAGAUGUCAGGGAAAGGGGGCUCCUAGAUUUGCGCGUAGGCUACACUCAACAUUUACUCCAAACAGAAGAUUCUGCACAUCUCCCAUAUACAGGAUUUGUGACACAACUUCUGUCGAUUGCUACAGAGGAAAAUGUAAUGAUGGAUGAUGAUUACGAUUUCGGUCGUCUUGCGUGGGAAGAGAUGGAACCGGAGAAAGGUGUUGCCCCGUCAGUCAUGGCGUGCUCGGGUGCGGUUGACGAGUCCUCUGACAGCGAUGGAGAGCAAGAGGGGCCUCAGAAGUUGAUCAGGAAGGUGUCCACAUCUGGGCAGCUCAGAAGCAAGACAAGCGUGAAAGAAGGUUUACUGUUGAAGCAGACAAGCUCCUUCCAACGCUGGAAGAAACGCUACUUCAAAUUAAGAGGACGGACACUGUAUUAUGCCAAGGAUGCAAAGUCUCUCAUUUUUGAUGAAGUGGACCUUUCAGAUGCCAGUGUUGCAGAGUCAAGUACCAAGAAUGUCAACAAUAGUUUCACGGUAAUCACGCCGUUUCGAAGGCUCAUUCUGUGUGCAGAAAACAGAAAAGAAAUGGAGGACUGGAUCACCUCUCUGAAAUCAGUUCAAUCCAAAGACCAUUAUGAGACCGCCCAGUUUAAUGUGGAGCAUUUCUCAGGAAUGCACAACUGGUAUGCUUGCUCGCAUGCCCGCCCCACCUUCUGCAAUGUUUGUAGGGAUAGUCUUUCUGGAGUCACAUCGCAUGGCCUAUCAUGUGAAGUGUGUAAAUUCAAAGCCCACAAAAGAUGCGCUGUCAGGGCCACAAAUAACUGCAAAUGGACAACACUGGCCUCUAUUGGGAAAGACAUCAUGGAGGAUGAGGACGGGGUUGCGAUGCCCCAUCAGUGGUUGGAGGGGAAUUUGCCUGUGAGUGCCAAGUGUGCGGUGUGCGACAAAACGUGUGGAAGUGUCCUUCGACUGCAGGACUGGAGAUGCUCCUGGUGCAAGGCCAUGGUGCACACGGCCUGUAUGGAUUUUUACCCACGGAAAUGUCCCCUUGGACAGUGCAAGGUCUCCGUUAUCCCACCAACUGCCCUCAAUAGCAUUGAUUCAGAUGGUUUCUGGAAUGCUACAUGUCCCCCAUCUUGCACCAGUCCUCUCCUGGUUUUUGUCAACUCCAAAAGUGGUGACAAUCAGGGGGUGAAAUUUCUGCGCCGUUUCAAACAGCUGCUGAAUCCAGCACAAGUGUUUGAUCUCGUCAAUGGAGGACCCCAUUUAGGGCUCCGUUUGUUCCAGAAGUUUGACAGCUUCCGGAUUCUUGUUUGUGGUGGAGAUGGUAGUGUGGGUUGGGUCCUAACGGAAAUUGACAAACUCAAUCUGCAAAAACAGUGUCAGCUUGGUGUGUUGCCCCUGGGCACUGGAAAUGACCUCGCCCGUGUGCUUGGCUGGGGCCCCUCUUGUGACGACGACACACAGCUACCUCAGAUCCUCGAGAAGCUAGAGAGGGCAAGUACAAAGAUGUUGGACAGAUGGAGCAUCAUGACCCAUGAGGUUAAAUUACCACCUAAGGUUGCACCCUCUGCUGGCGAUGAUGAGGACGACAGUCAGUUGCCGAUAUCUGCUUAUGAGGAUUCGAUUGCUGCUCAUCUUACAAAGAUUUUGAAUUGCAACCAGCAUUCAGUGGUCAUAUCUUCUGCAAAGGUUCUAUGCGAGACGGUAAAGGAGUUUGUUGCUAAAGUGGAAAAGUCUUAUGAUAAAGGUAGUGAUACCACCAAAGACGAAGACAGCAUGGCCCUCAAAUGUGCCGCUCUGAAUGAGAAGCUAGACGCCUUGUUGCAGACAUUGAACAUGGAAGCACAGGCCAUAUCAUCAGCACCCCUGACGGCAGAGGAGAAACAAGAAUGCGACAAGCUUGAAUCGGUGGAGGAGCUGAGGGAGUCAGAGUCCGAGAAUGAAAAACAGGACGUCAAUGUAACUGAGAAGAGCUGUUCUUCAGCACUUUCAAGAAAGCAACUCGUGCUGAGGGCCAACAGCCUGAAGAAGGCCUUGAGACAGAUUAUUGAGCUGGCAGAAAAAGUUGUCGAUGAACAAAACAUACAAACAGAGGAAGAAGGGCAGUCUACACUGCAGCCCGAAUCCAAAAAGGACGAAGAAGAAAAAGAGGGUAAAAAGGAGGAUGACAACAAGGAAAUGCCACCAUCCCCUUCGGAUGUGGAUCCCUACUCCCCAACCGAGAGGCAACCAAGUAACAUCAACCAUCCCUUUGGAUUCUUCUCAAUCCCCACCUUUACCACCAGCAAGGAAAACCUUCCCGUUCUCAACACUCGAAUUAUAUACCCAGGUUUGCGGGCAGGCCUUGCUGCAUCUGUGGCUGGGAGCUCCAUCAUUAGUAAAAUGUUGCUGGCCAACAUUGACCCCUCAGGAGCAACUCCCUUUGAACCAGAUAUGGAAUCUCUAGAGGGCUUCACGGAGAAAGGUGUCAUGAAUAACUAUUUCGGGAUUGGACUGGAUGCCAAAAUAUCUUGGGAGUUUAAUAACAAACGUGAAGAACAUCCUGAAAGAUGCCGGAGCCGGACUAAAAACAGGAUGUGGUAUGGGGUGCUGGGCACCAAGGAGCUUUUACAGAGGACAUACAAAAACCUGGAACAGAAGGUGCAGCUGGAGUGUGAUGGGCAGUACAUUCCCCUCCCCAGCCUUCAGGGAAUCGCUGUGUUGAAUAUCCCCAGUUACGCUGGUGGGACCAACUUUUGGGGUGGAACGAAAGAGGAUGAUAUAUUUUGUGCUCCAUCAUUUGACGACAAGAUCUUGGAAGUGGUGGCUGUGUUUGGUAGCAUGCAAAUGGCCGUGUCCCGAGUCAUCAAACUUCAGCAUCAUCGUAUUGCUCAGUGUCGGUCAGUGAAGAUUACGAUCCUGGGUGACGAGGGGAUGCCAAUACAGGUGGAUGGUGAAGCCUGGAUACAGCCUCCUGGGAUCAUCAAGAUUCAACACAAAAAUAGAGCUCAGAUGCUGACAAGAGACAGGGCAUUUGAGAACACCUUGAAAUCAUGGGAGGAUAAGCUGAAAUUUGACAAGCCUCCAAUGCGCUCAAUGUACUCGCAAUACUCGGUAGAUUUGGCCAGCGAGGAGGAGACGACUCUAAUUCAGACGUGUGCUCAUGCUGCCGAGGAGCUCAUAACCAGGAUAUGUGAAGCAGCUAAAACCAAUGGCCUCUUGGAACAAGAACUUGCUCACGCGGUCAACGCCUCAUCACAUGCCAUCAACAAAACCAACCCCAAAUUUCCUGAGAGUUUGACACGGAAUACAGCCAUUGAAGUAGCAAGCACUGUUAAGGCAUUGUACAAUGAGACAAAGGCGUUGCUUGUGGGAAGGGUGUCUUUGCAACUAGACACAGUUCAUGAGGAACUCAUAUCAAGUGCUCUUCAGAAUGUGGAGACAGAACUAGGCAAAUUAGCCGAAAUCUCCUGGCUGUAUUACAUCUUCCAACCCAGCGAUGAAGGGCAUCACUCACUGGAGGAUGACAAGAGGAACAGCCGAAGUAACAUGUUCCGCAUAGUACCUAAGUUCAAGAAGGAAAGAGCACCCAGGAAACCCAGUCCACAGUCAGUUCAGAGAUGGGACACAGAGGAUGUGGCCGCAUGGCUGGAGCAGCUCAGCCUGGGCGAAUACAAAGACACCUUCGUCCAGCAUGAUAUCCGCGGCGCCGAGCUUCUUCACCUCGAGAGGAGAGACCUGAAGGACCUGGGGAUCAUGAAGGUGGGCCACAUGAAGAGGAUUCUACAGGGAACUAAAGAUCUGGCCAAGAGCGUUCUAGAUCUCUGAGCAAUGGGAGCUUCUUGGCUGAAGUGCCAAAAUACCAACCUGAAAUUCUGCUUGGGUUUACCCAGUUGAGUUCAGUGUGUUGUAUUCAUGGAUUGGAUAUACCACAUGUGCUGUUGUAGUCAUUCGGGGUUUUAAAGGUAUAAAAGGACAAGACUGAGUGUAGUAAGGUGGUGACUGUAAAGUUUGCAUAGACUACUACUAGACAUUUGAACCAAACUCUUGUCUGUGGCUGGUCUGGUCUGCUACGAUGGCCAGAGAAUCUCUUAGCAAUAUUUCGAACUGUACAGGUCAAAAUUAACACUGAAGCUUCAGAGUUUCAUACAGUCUCCUAAGUUUCAUGUAGGUUUCUUUAAACACUGAAUCAUUCUUUCUUGAAUUGGAUAUUUAUUAUUCUGCAUGAUUAGCAUAUUACUUGAAGUGACUAUCAUUUCAUCACUUUGUUUUUAUUCUAUAUUUAUGUAUGAGCGGAUAUACCUUAUAAAUUGUUUUGUGCAAUAUUUACUUGAAUAUACUUAACUGGUUGAUGUUUACAGAUUCAAAGGGGUAAUGCCGAACACAUGUUUCUAUGAAAUGAUCCCUUAUUUAAAUGUGUCUUAUUCAGCCAGUGUUCUUAAGCGUACAAAGUAUAUGUUUUAGGAUGUUGUGCCUGGGAGUAGGGAAGUAGCUAGCCAAGGCUAAUUUCAUAUUGUAGAGAUUAAACUAGCUUGCUUGCCAAGUCUUAAGGAGUUUUAUCAGGGUCAAGAAUUCUAAUAUUUCGUAAUGUAAAACUAAGUAAUAACAUAUAGAGUGAUAUUUUACAAUGUGGUAUACAUAUUGAUGGAUGUGGAUGUUAAUACAUUUACGUAAGAAGCAGUUUCACACAAGUUUAUUAUGCUCCGUUCUGGGUUAAGUUGUUAUUAUAAUCAUUUGAGGUCACAUGCCACGUUCUGUGUAGUUAUCAGUAUUAUACAACAGGGUAUAAGUGGAAUUUGCUUUCUGUAUGGUGUGAAAUUUGCACAGCAGUUUUAAUGAUCCCAACUCAUGUAAAAAUGCCUUGUACUUUGCCGAUACAAGAUUAUUUGUUUACAUUGAGUGAACUAUGCUAUAAUGCUGUGCCAUUGUUGAUCUAUUCCACUGACAAUGCUGUUUUAUGAUGAAGGUGCAAUCUUGUUCUAUGAUGAAGGUGCAAUCUUGUAUUUUUGAUAGUUUUAUUCACCUGUGAAGUAUGCUACUUUCUAUGCCUCGAUCACACAAAUGGUAAUGAUAUUGUUCUUUCUAUAUUGAUGUAACAUGUAGAUAUGUUACCACUUAUGAGAUUUUUUUUGUCUUAUUCAUCAAACUUGCAACCAAAUUCUUAUUCCUUCCUCUUUGUGCUUCCAACGUUACAGUGUUUGAAAGUGAUUUUUUUUUUUUAGAUUGGCAAGACUGUAUUGUAUGCCUAUCAGGCUUGUAAUAAUACUAUGUAGUUACUUAUGUAUAAGAAAACCUAAAGUUCACAAUCGCUUUCAUUUGCCAAGCUUUACAGGAAGUAUAUCAUGACCAUGGCCAGUGAUAGGUUUGUCUGGGCCCGGGGCAAAAUCAUCUGAAAGGGCCCCCCUCCAAAUACAUACAAUGUAACUGGGCCCCCUCCAAGGCUGGAUUAAAAUCGCCUUGGGCUAUAGGCUGCAGCUAUAUCUUGGCUGUGCAUUAAUCUAGCCCUGGACCCUUCUAUCCCGAGCCUGAUCUCGAAAAAUGUUGUCUAAUUUCUCACGCAAACCAACAUCCAAAAUUGCGUCCAAAUUCCGACGCUUUCCCUGCUGUCUAGAGCACAUAGAGCUGAUUGGUCAAGCUGUGCCCUUACCAAAACCACCCCUAAACUUAACCUGUCAGUAAUGCAAGGUUUCCGAGUUGUACAAUUGUGCCCUACCCAAAAAUAUCUCUAAACCAUCCCUAUUUGUGCCCUGACCGACACUAACCCUAAACCUAACCUGUCACAGACAGCUGCAUGGCAACUGUGCAAGUGUGCUUAAGGGAAUGCGUAAACGCGACGCAAUCUAAGGUUUUGGUUUGCGUGAGAGUAUAGACGCAGUUACUUCGAGAUCUUGUAGCUAUCCCUGGGCUGAGCCAUUUGCCCCGCCCCAGUCGCAGGCCUGAUGAUCAUGACCAUCAUUCCUGUUUGCUUUCUUCCACCUAGCUUCCCUCUUACUAUGCCCUUUUCUUUGCUAAGUUAUGUCUUGAGAAUGACAUAAUACUACUGAGAAUGUCUGAAUGCACUAAGAACUACAAUAGUAAAGGAAUAGCAUCUUAUUAUGGUGAAAUCAAGUUCCCUAAAAAUACUAUCACUUCAAUGAAAGACUGCGCAAUUUUAUAGAAUUUUACACAACUCAAUUUUCAAGAGAAAAAAAAUGUAACGGCUUUUGUCAUACACCAUGUUUCAAAUUAAAAUGCAAAUGAUUUUUUUCACUGAUUUCCAGAAAACAGUCAGUAUAAACGAUAGCCAUUGUAAUUCUCCAAUCAUCAGAGUACAAAUAAUGAAGUAAAUGAUAGCGUAAGACCACAGUGCAAAAAAUCAUACAAAAUAAUACAAAAAAUGAUUGGAAAAAAACUUUCAUUUUUCAUUGCAUUUUUUUGUCCAGUACAGCAAAGGAGCAGGUGCUUUAGCACCACCUCGACUGUGCACAGUGUGCACAGGUAGGCACUGCACACCUAUGGCGCACCAGGAAUAUUGAUUAUGUAAAUCAGUGAAAAUGUAGUUUGCAUAAUAAUUUGGAAAGCGCGCGCACACACACACACACACACACGUAUACAUAUGUUUGGGCAAUUCCAUAUACAUUUUAAUGACUUCUACUGCACCAUCAUUAUUUUUCACAUUCUAUGUCUGAUGAGAAUCAACCCAAUUACAUGUCUUGUUUAAAGGGGUAUGAAACAACAGACAAUAUUCAUGAAAAUAAACGUUUUACAUUUUC